UAAAAGGACAGAGAUCAAUCCUCGCCGUUUGAUUGACAGUGCUGCCAUGACAACCCCACAUCAGCUCAAGGGUGACUGUCCAAUAAGGAGUGAGAUUAAGGAUCCCUCCCUGACUCCCAGGUGAGCUAAAGAGUCAGACUUCAGCAGAUUUCUGUCAGAACGUUUCCGAGACAUUCCUCGUCUCCUCUCUGGUUUCGCUCCGUCAUCCAGAUGGUGUUCCGAUCGCCGCUUGACGUUUUCUCAGCCUCCCGUAUCCUCCUGCCACACUUCGCUGAUGGGCCUCCUAUUCUGUCCUGCUCCCGAUCCCGGGAGGACCAUCCUUCCGCCUGUCCUCCCCUGGCUCUCCCUGGGUUGUGUUUCUCCGCGGCGCAGAUCGCCAGUGUCUGCGAGACUCUGGAAGAGACCGGAGACAUCGAGCGGCUGGCCCGCUUCCUCUGGUCACUCCCGGUGACCGCACACGGUCGUGACUCCAUCUCUGAGCACGAGUCCGUGCAACGGGCUCGCGCCGUGGUGGCCUACCACACGGGAAGUUUCCGCGAGCUUUAUCACAUCCUGGAGACGCACCGCUUUACGCGCGACUCGCACGGUAAACUGCAGGCGAUGUGGCUCGAGGCUCACUACCGGGAAGCAGAGAAGCUCCGGGGUCGACCGCUCGGACCUGUUGACAAGUACCGCGUGAGGAAGAAGUUUCCGUUACCGAAGACAAUCUGGGACGGUGAGCAGAAGACGCACUGCUUUAAAGAGCGCACGCGAGGACUGUUAAGAGAGUGGUACCUGCAGGACCCGUACCCAAACCCCGGGAAGAAGCGGGAGCUGGCGCACGCAACCGGACUCACACCGACUCAAGUUGGGAACUGGUUCAAAAACCGGAGACAGAGAGAUCGGGCGGCAGCAGCGAAGAACAGGUUGCAGCACCACCGGAUGUGUCCAGACGGUGCGCGGUCACUCAGCGGAGGAGAGUGCAGUCCAGACGAAAGCGGGGAGCGCGCAGAUAGAGAAAUGCUGCUUUCAGGAACGGACAGUGACUCUGACUUGGAUGUUUGAGACUAAAUUAUGAAAUAAACCUUCAGGGUCCUAUGAUGGUCCGUCGUGGGUUAACAUAGAGAGGAAAAUGAUGUAGCCAUGUGUACAAAAGGCUGGUCAGUGUUUGGGUUGCAAUAAAAAGCUGCAUCCUGAAUUUUACCCCAGCCCCCCAAACCGAUAAUGUUAGAGGUUACAUGAAUAUUUUUUUUGUUCCCUGAAAAUGUAAUUAAGCUUUGUCUAUAAGGCCGGUUUGCUGUUUGUUUUUUUUGUUUUAUCACCAGUCGCAGAUCAGACCCACAUUUUUGGUUUUGAACUACAUCACUGGAUGGUGCGGUGCACAUCUGUUGACCCAGCUUACACUAUCAACCUGAUUAAACCGACAGCCGUGGACCCUUGUUGGACUUUAACCCAUAGAGUGGGACCCCCACAUGGGAGGACAAUUACAGACUGAAACCUGCCAGUGAGCUAAUCACUCUAAUUCUCUCUAAUUAUGUGUCAUUGUUAUUAUUUUUUUUCUAUAUGAGACCCCUGGAUGUCCACUGUUGUAGACAAUCAAUAUGCACUGAAGCUUACCUUCCUGUCUGGCUGUUUGUAUGUUCAUGACAUUUUUUGUGUCUUUAUCUUCACUUAUUAGGGUUCAAACCGCGAACCGGUGAAACCUUUAUGUUUGUCUGUUUUAGUUAUUAUUACUAUUUGUUGUCUGCCCAAGGACCGUUAAGGUCCGCCUAGAAAAUGUUUCUGCCAUUUUGAAUUUUUUUGAAAAACACGUUUUUGAGGUCUCCUCCUACACCGUUGCUCCGAUUGCCACCACAUUUUCAGUGAAUCAUCAAUGGAUCAAGCUUAUUACACGUUGUACAAAGCAUGUCCAUAUCUCUUUAUCUAUAUCUCCAUGACUUUUCAAGGUAUUUGACCAAUGAACUUUGAAAGGGGCGGGGCUCUGGACAUAAAUUAACACAAAUCAGCGACCGUAAGGACAAUCAUCACAAAACUCACAGGAUAUGUUCAGAUCAGUGCCCCCAGGUGUAUCCAGACAGUUUCAUAUAGG